AAUAAUUCUCCAACAACAAAAAAGAGAAAGAAACCCUUAAUCAAUUCAAUUCAACCCAGAUUCUUCAACAUUACAUGUGAAUAAAGUCACUCCCAAAUCAUCACCUUUAAAUUAAAAAAAAAAAAAAAAAAUUCCUUAUUUUUUCUCUCUCAGACUACCUUAAGCAAGGUAUCAAUAUCAGCACUACUAUCUCCCAACGCAAACUUUUUCUAGCUCCUACCUCCCAUUACUCAACAAACACCAAAUUUGUCAUCUCUCUCUCUUUCUCUUCCUCUUCUCCCCCUCUCUUCUCAUCCAUGAUCAAUUUUCUUAUUUUGUUCAUACUCUCACCAAUAUUACUACUUGCUCCACUAAUUUCAGGUGAUAACGACCAAUCAAACAAAUGUAGAUCAUACUGUGGCAACAUAACAAUUGCUUACCCGUUUUCACUUCAAAAUGGAUGCGGGCACCCGGGUUACCGAGACCUCUUAUUUUGCAUGAAUGAUGUACUUAUGUAUCACAUAAGUUCCGGAUCCUAUCGGGUCUUGGAUAUUGACUACGCUUACCAAGCCAUCACACUCCAUGAUCCACACAUGUCCACGUGCGACGCCAUCGUGCUCGGUGGUCGAGGCAAUGGCUUCGCUGUCGAGUCGUGGCGGGCCCCGUACAUGACGCCGGCCGCCGACAACGUGUUCAUGCUUAUCGGUUGCUCCGCCCGAUCACCGCUCUUUCAAGGGUUCCCGGGUAAGCAUUUGCCAUGUAGGAAUGUUUCAGGCAUGAGUUGUGAGGAGUAUUACGGGUGCCCGGCAUGGGACAUGGUGGGCCAUAAGCGUAUGGGCUCAAUGUUUGGGGCCGGCCCACCUGAGUGCUGCGCAUUGUCGUUUGAGGCUAUUAAGGCCAUUAAUCUGAGUAAGUUGGAGUGUGAAGGUUAUAGUAGUGCUUAUAGUCUGGCCCCCUUGAGAGUUGAGGGGCCCAAUGAUUGGUUUUAUGGGAUACGUGUGAAGUACUCUGUUCAAGGCAGUGAUGACUUCUGUAGAGCGUGCGAGGCAACUGGUGGCACGUGCGGAUACGGUUCGGACGGCAUUAGGCAGCUUUGCAUGUGUGGCAGCACAAAUUCAACCUCAAACUGCGACUCUGUUAUGACAUCUUCAAGCAAAAUGUUAUACUCUGUGGCUGACACAUUUGCAGGCUUUUUAAUGAGCUUGCUAGCAUGGAUGGCAAUCAUGUAAAUGUCAAUGUGAUAAAAGUGUGUGUGCACUUAGGAAUGUAUGAGUGAGAUUACAAAUCUUUUUAGAUUCAUAUAAUACCUUAAUUUAUCACGAGAGAGCUUUGAGUUGAUAGAUAUGGCUUUUGUUUUCAAAGCCAAAUUUAUUGAGUGACAUUUUCUACUAGUAUUAGAAUCUAUAAUAUAAAGAGUGAAAUUAUUGUAGUUCUUCAUGGACUACUCUCAGUCAUAUCAUUUAUUCAAUUGAACUAUUUUGCUACAGUCUAUACUAUAACAAGGAUGUCUGUGAGCUUAUGAAGAGUGUAUAUUUGUUUGUCUUCAUUUUUUAUCUGAAAAAAAGGGUUUGUCCCACUAAAACACCAA